CUUGCCCAAAAAAAAAAAAAGAACCCCAAUGGCAGUAGCCGGCCGCAACCAGGGUCAGCUUCUGCUGCUGCUCCGCCAUUUCUCCUGCUUCCUCCUCCUCUCUGGGCCUUCCUUCACAGGGCCUCCCUCUUUCUCGGCGGCCCAUGGGCCUAGCUGGAACGAGGAGCUCCAUCUUCCCCAAACUCAACAUCAUUGCUCCUCUUUCAUUGGGCCCACACGGAGUUUUCCUCUGUAGGAUGAAUAAAAGAUCAGACAUGAUAUCGGAAUUGGAACUUGGGAGGCCUGAAGAAAGGAGGGGCCAUAGACGUGUAAAUGGGAUAUUUUGGAUUCUUUUACUUAACCUUGGCAUUUAUGUGGCAGAUCACCUGUUCCAGAUGAGAGAAAUCAAAGCUCUAUACUUGUACCACAGUUGGCCAUCUUGGUAUCAGUUUGUGACCGCAACCUUCUGCCAUGCAAACUGGAACCAUCUCUCAAGCAACCUUUUCUUUCUAUAUAUCUUUGGAAAGCUUGUCGAAGAGGAGGAAGGUAAUUUUGCAUUGUGGAUCUCUUACAUUUUAACGGGUGCUGGAGCAAACGUUGUCUCAUGGUUAGUCCUUCCAAGGGCAGCGGUAUCUGUAGGAGCCUCCGGUGCUGUUUUUGGACUCUUUGCAAUAAGUGUCCUUGUUAAGAUGUCGUGGGAUUGGAGGAAGAUCCUUGAGGUUCUUAUCCUUGGUCAAUUUGUCAUUGAUAAGGUUAUGGAAGCUGCACAAGCAUCAACUGGGCUUGCUGGUCCUUUGAUGAGGGGCUCCGCUUUGCAGAAUGUGAAUCACAUUGCUCAUCUCUCUGGUGCUCUUAUCGGUGUUGCCCUAGUACUCCUUAUUGGUAAAAUUCCUUCUCCAAGUGCCGGAGAAGAUUUGAAGACAAUAAAAGACAAGGAUACAAGAAAAUGAUCUUUGCAAACACCGAAAGAAAACAUUUUAAGGUUCCCCUGAUUCAUAGGAAUAUUUUGUAUUUACAGACAUUGAUUCACUAGUCAUGUGUUGUUAUCUCGACUAAUCAUUGCACUGUGAAUAGAGAAAAGCAACUUGUGUAUUUUCUUCUGACAGGAAGGCAGAAAGUAGUUGUCAUC